ACGUAAUUGCUUCCAGGAGGGUCAGUAACCAGUCGCGCGUACAACCACCUCAUAGAAAUAUUUAUACUGUAUCGUUAGCAGAGUAUUCUGCAGGUUGUUGUCGUACGGGUUAUUACAAAUUCACAAUCAUAGUCUUAUCAUUUGCACCUUGUUCCUUCCGUCCAAACAGAAGUCUUUGACGUCCACAUCCAUCCACCUGCUGGAUCUGCUGAGAUGAGAUAAUGUACUCCAACAGGUCUGAGCACAGUCAGAGGGGGCAGUACAAUGAGAGAAGUUCAAGGCAGGGGGAUGGCUAUGAUGACAGAUGGAAAGAAAGAUGUGAACCUCAUGGAGAUCAACUGCAGGAUUCUUAUCAUAAACAUGGCGGGGACAGACACAGAAGUGCAGAGAGGACGAGCAGAAGUAGAGAGUAUGGGGACUCACCUAAGAGGAUGCACAGUAGAGAUUCACUGAACAGAGACUGGAGUAGAAAGAGCCCUGUAAGAAGACACGUGUCUUUAUCUGAUUGGGGAUCCUCUGAAAAGAAAAGGCGGAGGUGUACAGAGGAUGAUGAGGAUGAUUACAAAUACCGACGUGAGACUGAGGAUAGAUCAAAUAGAUUUUCUCCAGACAAUUUCUCACGCUCACGUACAACCAAGGAUUUUAAACACUCACGACCACAGGAUGAAGAUUUCAAAUACAGUAAAACAGCACAAGACUCGAGACACAAAUAUCGACAUGAGGAAUUCAACUACAGGCAACAACAAGAUGAUUUAGCUUGCAGAGCAUCAUCUGGAUAUGAGAAAGAUAGAGACAGCCGUGAAAGAAGCUGGGACCGUUCCCGAGAGAGGAAACAAUCACAAGAUUACACUACCAAGAAAUAUGCCAAACCCAGAGAUAGGAAUGACAGCCCUUCCACAGGCUAUGAGGAUCAUCGUCAUAAUAGAGCAAGGACUUCUUUGAAUGGAUCUGGUGGACAGUCUUUCAAUAGCAAUGUCUUCAACCAAAGUUCUGCUGCUCCUGAGCAGAAGAAGGCCAAGGGUUUCCAACGCUUCCUAGAUGUGCUCAACAAGGGUGUGAAUGUUGACAUGCUCACCAAGAUAGUGACUCAGAACUGUGAUGGAGAGGAUGAUCGAGCACAGUCUCCACCUUCAUUCGUGCAGUCUGCAGACCGACCGUUGUCCCCAAGUUGUGUUAGAGGACAACAGGGACGUGACAAAAAAAACUGCCAUUGGAGUGAAAGCGUGGGACCUCAGAGAGGCGCUUCUCCUCAUCACAGGUCUUUCAGCCCAAAGAGGAACUUUCUGUCUGAUGAAAGACCUCUGCAAAGGGGGGAAGGAGAACGCAACUGCUUGAGCUCCAGCAGUAGAUCCAGGUCUCCGUCAGUGGUGGAAAAGACGACGCUGACACCUGAAGAGGAGCACAAGCACCGUCAAAUGCAAGAUGUUUUGCAGGCCAUUGGCAUGAAUUUAGGAUUUGAAGAACUAGGCCAAAUGUCACAUCGGAUCCAGGAGCGUUUGUAUGGAAAGAGGGACAGUGACAGGGAAGGCCAUCGCAGAAAAAGCAGAGAAAGGGACACAAGACAUACGUAUUCACCAAGACUGCAUAGCAGGUCGUCAUCAAGCAGAUCAAGUGUUAGUCCGCCACCUCAGGAAAGUGACAUGAAAAGGGAUGCAGCUAGUACUCCGAGGGAUCUAACAGACAUACAACAAAUACAGAUACUUCAGUCGGCUGAAUAUGAGACAAACUCCAGCUCUAACACAUUUCAUGAUAGGGAGGAUUGUGAAACACGCUCUCAGGAAAUGAGUGCUGUGUCUCAAGCAUUUUCUCAAAAUCACACAUACAAUUUGUCAGAGCCGUCUCCUCCACCUGUGAUGCCAGUGUACUCUCCAGUAAACAGUUCACCCCUGCCCUUCCCAGCCCUGCCCCCCACUCUGCCUCCAGCUCCUCCCCCACCUCUACCUCCGCCUUUUCCACCCGUUCCGCCCCCAGCCCUCCCACCUGCUCUGCCUCCUUAUAUGCCCCAUGUUGGACCCACGUUUUUAUUUCCUCGCCAGUUUCCCCUUCUUCCUGGGCCCCGUGUCCCAAAUUUGAACCUAUUUCCAGCUCUACUUCCUCCAAUGAGACCCCUAUACCCGCCACACAUUAGCAGUCCUCCACCAUUCUUUAACCUUCCACAUGUGAGCCCAAUUCCGCCUAUAAACAACACACAGAAUAAAAAACCACAGAGGCCUCGCUGUUUGCAGGUCAUUGAAACAAAACAGGCUUGAUGAAGACAGUUGAAUAGGUUUAAAAUCUGAAUUUAAAACUGACUGAUUAAGUUGAUAAAAAUGUCUGUCCCCUGCAGAACAAGACACGCUGUUAGGUUUUCAUGAAGUGAACCGUUUUGGCUUCAGCCGGUCCAGUUGUGAUCCCAAAACACAACUUUGAACAUUAUUUCAAAUAAAUUUGUGUUACCUAAAUGAAGCAUUUGGUCCAAAUAUACCCGAGUCAACUUUCUGUCAGUCAAAUAUCUGACCCUUUUUCAUUGUUUAGUUGUGUCAUUGUAACAGAGCAAUGCAGGAGUUAGAUGAUGGCAGGAUGAAAACAACAAUAGUCCAAAAUGAUCCUUUGAUGGUCGUCAUCAUAAGUUUUUUAUUUCAUCUAAAUUAUCUGUAGAAGUCUUCUCUUCCCCAAGAGAGGAAAUCCUGCUUAAAACGUUUCCACAUAAAUAUUCAGUGUCCGUCUAAAGCUCUCCAUGCUGCAGACACAGAUCAUCAGGAGGGGCUGCAAACUGAGCUGCUGCUAGCUUGUUUGUGUGUGCUCUGCUUCUAGGGUUAGGACCCCAUUGUUGUUCAGGGUAUAAGACGUUUUAACCAUGAGCUGAAUGGUUUGCACAGGUCUCUUCCUCUUCAAAAGAAAUGGGCUGGGUGAUUUAAAACCAUUACAAAAAUAGAUAUCGAUAUUUCAUGUAACGCAAAAUGGGAGCUGAUCUGCUCCUUAAAUCUGUCUUACACCACAAAGAAACUACUUCCGUUCGGAGAUGUUUUAGGUAUUUGACAGCUCAUUAGAAAACCCAUUAGAUUAAUGAUUGUCUUACGCUUAAAACGUGUGUCACAUUGGCUGUUUUGAAGUCUGUAGUGGCACUGAACUGGUAUUUAGCAAAGAUCUAAAACAUUCAGAAGCAACCUGUCGUGCAGUAUUAAAGACUAGGCCAAAUACAACAAAAACAGAAAAUCCAAUGAAUUACUUUUGUUCCCCAAAAUGUAAAGGACCUCAAGUUGAUUGAGAACACUAUUCAGGAUGUUUGAGCUCCUGUAUGUAUAACUCAUUGUCAUGCUAAAGAUUUACUGAAAAAACGUUCAGAUAGUGUCUUCUGAUUUUUCAAAACUUUGCUUUCUUUAUUUUGUUUUUCAAAAUAACCACGACUUGGUACAGUAGAGAUGCUGUUUGAGUAAUCUUUGUCUAGAGAGGAGGUCUUGAAGGGAACAGAGGACUUAAACCUAAUAAGUUCAGUCUCUCUGGCCUUGUUCAACCUAUGAUUACUAAACCUGCUCUUUACUGAAGCUAUUGGUUUAGAGGUUGACUUGCAUUGUUUUUGUGUACAAAUGUAUAAAUGUAUUGUGUAAAUAAUUUGAAUUGCAUAUUAUUAAAACACAUUUAAUUGAG